GCCUGAACUGUGAGAGCCAGUUGAUUUGUGAGGGCCCCUAUGAUGGAGGAUGACCUGGACCGGCUAUUGGACGAAGUGGAGACCAAAUACUGCGGGUCCGGGGCCGCGGGCAGCACUGAAGGAAGGAAUCAGAGGGAGCCCAGCAGGUCUGACAGUGUUAUUGGGAUAAUAUGGCUGCUUCCUGCUAGUAAACACGUCUCGUGGGGGUUAUUUAGCAUGUACUACAAUGUGUGACUGUUCAUUAAGGGGUGAUCAGCCCUGCGUGCCCUCUCAGACCCUGUAAUAUGGGGUCCCUGUGCGCUGGCAAUCUGUGGACUCAAUUUCCCAUGAUGCUCAGCCAAACAAAUCAGUGACAGAGCAUCACGGGAAAUGUAGUUCACGGCAGCUGUGCUAGCAAAGGCUGUGCAUCACUGUUUUAGCAUGAGCUCUGGUUUCAUAAGAUAUUUUAAUAUAUAUAUAUAAUGAUAUAAAAGAAUGUAUCUGAGCUCUAAUACAUUUUGGACAGUUUUUUUUAUUUUAUUUUUUUUUACAAUUUUAGGUUUAAUAAUUUAUAAUGGGUAUGCUAAGCAAAUAUUUAUUCUCCAAAUUUUCUCAUCUUAAUAAAGAUCCCUCCCUAUUUGGAAGUUUCAGAUUUGUAUUUAUUUAUUUAUUCAUUUAUUUGCAGAUGUAAAAAACCUGUUAAAAAGGCAUGUGCUGAAGAUGAGAAUAUUGAUGAUUUGAUUGAAGAUAUACUCAAUGUACACUGCAAGGAGGAGAAUAAGGUAAUUUUAAUAGUAAAUGGAUUAAUAAUUCAGUUUGCAUCAUAAAUAUAACCCCACUUCAUGUUAAGUGAGAUUUCCAAUAAUAUCUCCAUCCAAUAAGAUCUACUAAUAAUGAGAUGAUCAACUGUAGUAUGGAAAAAAUGAAAUCAGCAUGAAACAUUAUUUCCUCUGCAGUACUCAUAUUUGAUAAGCUUCAACAUCACACAAUACUGUUUUUUUUUUUCCUUAAUUAGAUGCACUCAUCUACUCAACUCAUGAAUGUUUUUAUACUACUCCUUGGGAUGUACAGUGCAUGCGCAGCAAUCGUUCCAGUUGAAAUCAAUACUUCUGCCGAUGGUACCCUCUUGGCUUGUAAAGAUAAUACUUGAAAAAAGAAAACCAAAAAAAAAAGUUACAUGCAUUGAAAGUAUAUUUCAGUGCCCUGCUAAGGAGUUCUGCCUGUACAGCAGACGUUUACGGGAUAUGUAGCUUUUCCUGUGGAAUAGUUAUUCACCACAUUGGAUGAGGAGUACAGCUCCGUAAAUUGAUGGUAGCCACACUACUACUGUUAUUAGUUUACAAAUGUUUAAAAAUGUUUAAUGAAUCAAACUAUAGCUAGCUGUGAUCUGUGGCACUCUCUUCUGGGAGUAGAAAGUGUUCAGACCAAGUUAAAGGAACACUAUCGUGUUAGUAAUACAAAAAUGUAUUCCUAAUGCUAUAAUGCUGGACUGCCGAUUUAAAUGUCCGUUCUCCACCAUAUUAGAGUAAAAAGGUAUUUUAUUUACCUUUUCUCUAUUCAAGUGCUGGUCUUGACAUGACUCGCCCCACUUUUCUCUGAAAAAGCAAUGUUUACGUUGCUGAGCCUGCAGAAGCAGAACCACUACAUUAAAGGAACACUAUAGGGUCAGGAACACAAACUUGCAUUCCUGACCCCAUAGUGUUAAAACCACCAUUUAGUUGGCUGCCCUUGCCCCCUUAAAAAGGGUUAAAACAUACCUAAUUUCCAGGUGUCUGCAAACGCAGGUCUCGCCCCCGAUCCACAUCGUUGUCUGACAUCAGAAUUGAUGAUAUAAACCAAUCCAAUGCUAUCCCACAGGAAAAGCAUUGGAUUGGCUGAGAUCAUCAAGGAGGCGGAGUGGGGUCAUACACCGCCCUGGCCAAUCAGCAUCUCCUCAUAUAGAGGCAUUGAAUCAGUGCAUCUCUAGAAAGAAAGUUCAGCGUCUGUGCAGCACUGCCCUAGGAAGCACUUCCAGUGGCCAUCUUUUCUCUGAAAACACAGUGUUUAAAAGCCUGCAGGGACUGACUAUACUCACCAGAACAACUGCAUUAAGCUGUAGUUGUUCUGGUGACUAUAGUGUCUGUUUAAUUGUUGCAAAUGAAAAUUGAAAUGUCUAGCUCAGAACUCUCAUUCUGGGCUAGCUGAUUGACAGGUUCCACAGCUGGAGUUACACCUCAGCUAAAAACCUAAAUAUCUCUGAUCUGGCAUCAGUAUGAAACCAUGCAAGGACGGACUCCAUGUAUUCUGUCCAUAUUAGUGGUAAUAGUGCUUAGAGUAGCUCUUUAGUUAUUCUUACUGUCUGUUGUUUUUUCCUGUCCCAUAAGCCAAGAAAGAAGGUGCUACCCAUUAGUGAUACUGCCAUUGAAAGCCUCUGGUAACUAAUUAACAUGUCAUAGGUAUGUUAGCUAACCCUCCCUGCACCCGUGCCUUCUAAUGUGACUUUGCCUAUUAACACUGUCUGCAUAAUUUAGAACUUCCCUCCUUUCCAAUGCUAACUACAACCCCCUUAGAAUGUAUGAGUGUUAGAAGGGGAGAAGAGGUCAAAUAUUCAAAUAAUAUAAUAAUAAACAAACGGUGAAUAACAGACCCCAUAAACAUACAUUUUUUUGUUGUUGUUGUUUUAUUUAUUUAUUUAAGCAAAAGAUGAAACCUGCAAGCCAGCAGUCCUGCAACAUUUCAUAUCAGAUGAGCAGUAAAAAGUAAGUUACUCUAUUAAUUUACUUUCCUUAACGGUAAUGCGGUCCAUAAUUUAAAUAUACCCAUGUAAGAAUGAUCUUAAAAUGUACCUGUGAUGCAAAAAAGUGUAUGUGUGGCUGUAGCUGAAUAGAAUAUGUUGCAUUUAUUUAUUUUUUUGUUUGUUGUUGCCUUUCCAACUACGUCAGUUGCGUAAAGGAAGAAAUAAAGCAAAUAUGGGCACUCUUGUUUGCCAGGCUUAAAAUGCUUAUAAAAAGAAUAACGAGGAUCUCCUCAUAUAUAUUGAUCUCCUGAUUAAUCUCCUCACCAUUCAACUCUUCUCAUUCCUAUCGGGUAGUGUUCACAAUACAAAUUCGCACUUACUAUUAUUGCCGUUUAUAUAGCGCCAACAGAUUCCGUAGCGCUCACAAUAUUAUAGGAGGGGGGAUUUAACUAUAAAUAGGACAGUUACAAGAAAACUUACAGGAACGAUAGGUUGAAGAGGACCCUGCUCAAACAAGCUUACAGUCUAAAGGAGGUGAGGUUUAAAAAACAUUAGGACAGGAAAUAGCAAUCAAACAAGGUGGAGUGAAGCAGAGCUGGAGGAGAGUGUAGAGUGCUGCCCUUUAGGAGAGAGCAAGAGACAGGUAUGUGAGGUAGAGGUUACUCUUAGUAAGGAGUAAAGCAUUUAAGCACUGACAAAGCGCCCACGGACUCCAGGCACCAUAACCACUUCAAUCAGUUAAAAUGGUUAUUGUGCCCAUGGUGUUCCUUUUAAGCAGUUCUUGUAAUUCUCACAUUAUAUAGAUUAACAGUUCUACUUUAAUUUUAUGACAUGACAGGAGGCUUCGUAUUUUGCUUAAGACUUUCUUUACUUAAGCUUCACAGCAGCACUUUUUUAACAUAGUAACAGGAUAACCAAUCAGAAAAAAGAUGAGGUAUAACAGUCCCUCCUCCCUCAUUUUAUGCUCCUUUUCAGACCUCAUGUUGGUUUUAGUUCCCCCAGGAAAAUCUUCUCUACUCACCAUAGGGAUGUUUCACUCUGUAAUGCCAGUUCCAUGAGGGUUAUGGCAUAUACUGACUCCCCCUGGUGGUGAAUUGAAAAUACUACAUUGACCAAAUCAUAUAUUAUUGAAUUCAUAUUACACUACUUCCAUACCGUUAUGUUGGGAGAAACCCCCAAUAUCAUUCAGCCAAAUAUUUUAUCACAUUAAUACUUUGAGUUUUUAAGGGUAAAUCCCUAAAUAAGAUUUAUGAUUGCUGUUAAGUUAUACAGCCCAUGACUGGCCCGCUUUGCCUGUGCCACCAUACCUCUACACGGGCUUGAAUAAUUACUCCCGGAGGAUAUUUAUACUGGGUGACCCCCAAUUGCAACUUGCACUGUGGAAUUUUAAAAUAUUGUGAUCUAUAAAAACGGCCCUAAAAUACAUUCUAAUGCUGGCCUAUUCUGCCCCAUAGGUACCAACACUGUUGCUAUGGAGGCUUCAAACCAAGAUCAAAACUUGCAAGCAAUUAUAAAUGCGGCUGUUGUCGCUUCACUAGAAAAGGCCCUGGCUCGGGUGCUGCCCAUUGAGCCAAAAGAUCUUGAAACCUCUGAGCCCCCGCUUUCUGAUGAAGAUGCGGAUGAUUCCACAAAAAAGAACCCUUCCAAAUCCAAUAAAUGA